UGUGCGCACGCACCCCGCCGACGCAAACUUACUGCCGAGCACCUCUAGCCCGGCCCAUCCCACCCGUCGACCCUACUAGUCGACCCCCACCGCUUUUCGGCGCCCCGUUCGCCCCUCUCCCGGAGUAAACCGCCUUCGCCGGCUAGAAGACAGCAGCGAUGGCCUGUUAGUCGUGCCCCCGCGCGACCACAACCUCGGCCUCCGCCGAGCUCGACUAGCCCUCGCUCCCCCACCUCGCACACCGCAUCAUGGCGCUUUUACUCCCGAAGCCGAUCCUGAAACGUUCGGCCGCAACCGCCCCGCUUCGGCAGUCGUUUUUCGACGCGACGCCCGACGAGGCCCGGUCCUCCCCCGAGGCGGCCCGCAUCCGUACGACGGUCAUGACCGCGUACAAGAACCUCGGCUUCACGGGGCCCGCGUUCGCCCUGCCGUCGGGCCGCGUCGUCACCGAGGACCUGUGGGAGUCGGCCCUCGAGGUCGCGCUCGACGACACCGCCGACUACGGCCUCGACGCCCUCCGCGACUUCUCGCUCGAGCGCUGGCUCUCGGCGAAGGUCCACGCCGAGGGGAACACGGACCAGCGGGCCCGCCUCGAGGAGCUGCUCCAGUCCCUCGACGUGCCGGCCGAGCCCGUCGACGAGUACCGCGCGGGCCUCCCCGUCGACUUCGCCGACGUCAUGCACCAGCCGCUCCAGGAGGUCGAGGUCUACCGCGGCCUCGACGACCUCGUGCCCGAGGACGUCGUCCACUCCGGCGCACUCCCGCCUGACGACGAUCAGGACGCGGACGUGCCCGAGGACGGCGACGCGGAAGACGCCGCCUAGAGCGGCACGCGCGCCCGGCCGCGCGGUUUUCGUUAAACCAUCUCGCCGU